AAAACGGACUUCGAGAACGACGUGAAGUAAAGAUCACCUAAAGGGGUGGCUCUAGUAAGCUCGGGAUCGCGGAUUUAAGCUAGCGUGGGAAGCUUAUUCCAUGGUGUCCGCUUCCUUGCUACCUGCUAGGUAAGAAUUAACAUUUGUAGUUUCUGCCUUAAUACCUAAUUUGACACGACGUGCGACGACGACAAUUUACAAAGGAUACGGGUCUAUUCAAUUAUCCUUGAAACGCGAAAUCGUAACUUAUCAAAAUGGCGGAGCUCGCGAUUUCACCACCUCCCCCUCCCCCUCAAUGGGUUGUAGAUCUUAAUACUCCACCAUUAUCGAAGCCAAAAUCAGCAGGUAUUCCAGAUCCUCCAGGAUAUACAGCUUCCUCUUCUUCAAGCCGAAAGCAAACCACCAAAACCCCACGACAACCUCCGACUCCCGCUGAAAUGGAUACACUGAAGCUUAAGAAAGCAUGGGAAGUGGCUUUGGCUCCUGUCAAACAACUUCCAAUGACGGCGAUUAUGAUGUACAUGUCAGGAAACUCUCUUCAGAUAUUCUCCAUCAUGAUGGUGGUUAUGGCAUUCAAGAAUCCUCUGAUGGGACUUAUGGCUACAAAUCAAGCAUUUGAACGUUUUGAGAGUGAAGGGACAAGAGGAAAGUUGGGUGUUGUUAAAUUAGCAUAUGUUGCAUGUCAAGUGAUAGCUUUGGCGCUAGGAAUAUGGAAGGUUAACGGAAUGGGAUUAUUACCUACUACAAGGUCGGAUUGGUUGGCUUGGGAGACAGCAAGAGAUCCUCUAGAACGAGCUAUUCCAGCUUUCUGAGGGAUACGGCUUGCGAAGAAUGUACGUUAUGGCGUUAGGAUAUCAUGGAACUAUGAACAAUAAAGUAUAUUAGGGCGCAUAUGUCGCGCUGAUGCAAUAUAAGUCUCGUGAGCGAUUGUUUAAACGAAGUAGUCCAAAUUUCAAACAAAACACAGCACAGAGACUAUCAGCGACACAUAUGCGCAGUGUUAGAGA